GACAAAUAAAUGGUCAUUUAAUCCCUUUUUAGUGCCUAUUUUAGUCAACUUUUCGAUAAAAAUUGGAAAGUUUCUUGAUUUUUAAUGUUUAAACAAAAUUUAUUACACCGGUCCGGUUUUUCUUGUAACAAACACAUUAAUUAAUCAUAAUUAUAUAAAAAUCCAUCGCUGCAUCGUGUUUAGUCUCCCGAUUGAAGCACAACCAAAACAACAUGAAAUUGUUUUUCGUAAUUUUUGGACUUUCCUCCGUGCAUCUUUCCCAAUGUGGCCAAGAACCAGGUCCAUUCUCUGAAGAUAUGCGCGUCCUAAACGAAACAAUAGCAAAAUAUGGCCUUCCACAAGACUACAAACAACUAGGUUUUCCAGGACCUAAAAUUGCGCUUGAUGAUGAAAAAUACACCUACAACAAUAAGCUCGAAUACGAAGACGAAUCCGAAAAUUAUACUUUGAGAAUACGCACGAUUACUCCCAACUUUAGUUAUAUUGGAAAUUAUGAAGAAGUGAAAAUGCCCGAGACUUUCAAUCAAUUUCCGGAAAUUAAAGGUCAAGUUGGGGAACAUUUUGAAAGAAAAAGUGGAGGUUUUUAUAUUCGGACAAUUGGGUACAAAGUCGAUGAAAAUGGUUAUCGGCCAUUUUUGCUUGAUCUUUCUAUUGCUAACACAAUUAUGAAGGAGGAAGACAGGAAGGAAGACAGCAAGUCUCCAAUAACAUUUUGUGGUGUUGAUUAUAUUUUUAAGAGUACUUUGGGUGGUGGUGGUGGCUAUAGUGCCUCUUUUGGUGAUAGAUAUGGUGGGGGUGUCAGUGGUCCUCCGAGUAAAAAAAUAACUAUUUCUUCUACUGUGAUUGCUACACUAACAGGAGGCAAUGCACUGGGCUAGAAAUUGUUUCAUUUUCAGUUUUGAAAUAAAAAAAAUGAACGAAAGAUUUUUAAUGCAUCAUCAAAAACAUUACAUAAUAUGUUAAAAAUACUUGUAAAAAAUAAACAACAUGAGUAAUUUGAUAUUCUUUCUUUAAGACAAUUCAAGGCUGAAACUACCAGAAUGAAGGUUAAAAGGAUAAAUAUUAAAAAGCAUUCGUAUAAGACAAGAUAAGACUACUUUACUCACUUAAAAUUUCUGUAGUCACUCUGUAUAUAUUAUUUUAAUUAAUGUAAAUUAUUAAAUUUCCCAUCAAGUUGAUGCAAUUCCGCAGUAAUUCUCUGUUGAGUUCCACACUAAACAUGAUUUUGUUUUGCUUGCUACUUGAAGCUUCUCUUUGGGCCGUUUUUCACUGUGCUGAAGAACCGAAAUUUCUGCCAACAGCGGAAGAUUUGCGUGUCUUAAACGAAACAAUUGAAAAAUAUGGGCCCCCACAAGACUACAAACAAUUGGG